UUGCAUGUUAAAGUUUUUGCAUUUUUGUUUGUAGAUGAGUGAUCUAUCAGAUGCUUCUGUUGAGGAUGCAGUUGUCGAAGAUGUCUUGAAUGCUCAAAAAAGAAAAUUGAUUCCUGUUAAUAAUGUGACCGGUCUUCUUAGUAAGCUAAAGGAAAUUCAGCUGAAUUUAGAUUGGGUUGAAAAGCUGGACACAACUGUCAAUGUAUCUGCCUUACCAUCCGAACAGUCCAAGGAAUCUGCUGCUGUCGAUACUGUAGCAGAAAAUGACUUUAAGCGAGAAAUGUCUUUCUGUAACCAAGCUAUGAGUGCCACAUCAAAAGCUCUAAAGCGUCUAGAAAAACUUGGUAUUCCCACCAAACGGCCGACAGAUUUCUUAGCAGAAAUGGCCAAAUCAGAUGCACACAUGAAGAAGGUCAGAGAAAAAUUAUUGAGUAAACAGUUGAUUGUCGAAAGAAGUGAAAAAGUCAGAGCUAUCAGAGAACAGAAGAAGCAAGGCAAAAAGAUUCAACAAGAAGUUCUUCAACAGAAGAGAGAAGAAAAAAAGAAAAUGUUAAAUGCUCUGAAGAAAACCAAAAAAGCAAAAGGAAUCGGGAGUUUAGAGACAGCAAGUACGGAUAUGGAGGGAAGAAAAAAGGAGCUAAAUGGAAUACAGCAGAUAGUAGUGCCAUGUAUCCUGGUAAACAGAAAGAAGGACCAAAAAAUAAAUUUUCCAAAGAUAAGAAGCAGAAGUGGUUUAAACCUCGUGCAAAGAAGCAUAGAAGGCGUAGAUAAAAUAAAAUUACUUAUGUCAACUUUUAUGUGUUCAUUUUAUUUUCUAUAUCUAUAUAUAUAGCAUAUUUAACUGUUGCCAAAUGAUUUAAUAUAAUUUUUCAUUCAGUUAAGAAUGGUUCAUAACCAUAAUUAAUUAUCAUGCCUGUAAUUUUCUGUCUCUUGGUCUGUUUGUAAAAAUGCUGAAGACUCCAUACUGUUAGUUUAUUAUUUUAUGUAUCAUGAUAACUUAACUUGUUAACCCAUUAGCCGCUAGUGUUGCGUUGACGCAACAGUCAAAAUAAAUGCGUAUAUAAA